AUGGCACAACAACAGAGAAGAUUUAUUCGAAGAACAUCGGCUACAAGAAUUAGUCAAAAUCAACGUUCAGGAAGUCGUUCAAAUCAAAGACGAAGUCGAUCAAGACAACAGCGUAGACGUGUUACAAGGCAAAUACGUUUAAAUGAUUUUAUGCCACAAGAACUACGUGAACCUUCACCAAAUCUUCCUAAUGAUUUUAAUUUAGCUACAACAAAUACAGCUAUAACUACAGCUUCAAAUUUUAAUAAUGUGCCAGUUGAUGCAUUACCACAACGUACCAUUUUUGCUUCAAAUGUAACUCAACCGUUUGUUGUCAACAAUACAAAUGUAAAUGGACAACGACAACAGCAAGGCUAUGGUUCAAAUCAACAGCGACAACAAACAACUACAACAACAUCAUCAUUUCGACGUCGAAAUAGACGAAUUCGCCAACGACAAUAUCGUCAAAAUCAAAAUAUUAUUGAAAAUAAUCGAUUUGCUGUAUUGGCUGAAAAUAAUCUUGACAAUGAUGACAAUGUUGAUUUAGUAUCAGAUGUUGAUGAAAAUGAACCAGUUCUUGCUACAAAUAUUAGUAAGAAAAAUCAAAAGAAAAAGAAAAAUCGAUCAUAUUUAAUAUAUGAUCGUAUAUUGGCAUGGAUAGAAAAUAAUACAUCAACAGCAACUAAUAAUAUUAUUGGAAAAAGUGGUAAUCAUGCUUAUUUAAUGGCUUCAAUUCCUAUAUAUGAUGAAUGGAUUCGAGCUAAUUAUGAUAUACAAGUUUGGGAAAAUUAUUUAAAAAUGGGUACUGAAAAUAAACAUUGGGCAAAAGAAAUUAUUCAACGUACUAAAAAACGUGAUGAUAUAGUCAAUACACAAUUUGUAAAAAAGAAAAUUAAUCAAUUAUCAGCUAUAGUUGCUCAAGCCAAUGCAACUAUAACGGAUUUAAAAAUUCAAUUGCAUACUUAUUGGUCACAAAUACUAGUUUAUAAAAAAGGAAAAGAAAAAGAAAAAGAAAAAGAAAAAGGAAGAGCUAUCAUCGAAGUAGCUUCUUCUCUUAAAUCGAAACAAGUCACUUACGUUACCAAGGGUCCUAAAUAUGUGCCACCAUGUCAAAGUCGCUUUUCGGGUCCAACCGUUGAUAAAUUUGUUACACGGGAAUAUGAUAAUAUUGUUCAAUGUUUUGAAAAUGGCCUUAAAAAAAAUUGUAUUUCAUAUUCCGAUCCACAAGCGAAAGACUUCUUUAUUGCUGUAGAAAAUCUUAUUCGCCGUUUCUACACAACUCCUUUACCUCCGAAAUUAUUCGCUCGUGCUCAAUAUGAACAUCGAAUGAUCAAAAGUAUCCAACGUCAACUCAAAAAGUCCAAUGUGGUUCUACGAAUAACGGACAAAAGUAAAGUAUUUCAUUUAGGUUGUGUUUAUGAUUAUCAUCAAAAAGCACUACAAUACAUCCAUGAAACCAAUGCCUAUAGAGAAAUAACAAGUGGUAUUAAUCCAUGUCAGAAUCAUGUACAAACAGUCCUAGCAUUAAUCGAUCCGAUGUUGAAAAAAAGAGAGAUUAAUCUUGAAAUAUGGAAACAAUAUAUGCGACCAAAUGUAACCACAACUGAAUUAGCUCAUCUAUACUUUAUACCAAAGCCACACAAAAUUGGUACACCAUUGAGACCGAUUGUGUCGUCAAUAAAAGCAGCAGCAACUGGUGUUUCACACUUCUUAGAUAUUUUACUUCGUCCCAUGUUUAACCGAGUAGCAAAGGAAACUAUAUUUCUGAAUGGAAUUGACUUUGUUCGACAAAUGGAAACUUAUCGAAAUAGUGGUCGACUCUUGCCAACAACACUGUUGGUUACUUUCGAUGUGACUAAUCUCUAUACUAUGAUACCUCGUGAUGGAGCUAUAAUCGCUUUACAAAAAUUCUUAUACAAACAUGGAGAAAAUCGUCGAAUUCACGGAAUGACAAUCGAUACUAUAACGCGACUUGCUCGUCUAGUUUUAGAUACAAAUUGUUUCGUCUACGAAAAGAAAUAUUAUCAACAAAUUCGUGGUGGGGCUAUGGGAUCACCAUUUACUAUGACAUUAGCUAAUAUCUAUAUGUGGGAUUGGGAACAUUCAUUAAUUGAACAUCAAAAAAUACAUAAGGAACUCUACGGCCGUUAUAUUGACGACGUCUUUAUGACGACUAACUUGCCAUUUGAUGAAAUCAAUGCUCGACUCAAUAUAGCCAAUCAGCAAGAUGAAAACAUUAGAAUAACUCAUACGAUUAGUUCAACUGUGGAAUUUCUCGAUGUACUAGUCGAAAAUAAUCAAGGUCAAUUGAGAACUUCAGUAUUUCAUAAACCAGCAGCUGAACCAUAUAUUCUACCAUUUUUGUCGGAUCAUCCACGUCAUAUUCAUCGUAGUACUGUCAAAUCACAACUCAUUCGAGCGGCACGUCUCUGUUCCCAUGUCGA